AGGAGCAAGGUCGGAGCGCUCUGGGGCGGAAAAAGCGGAUGGUUGCUUCUGCUGCUGCUGCUGCUGCUGCUGCUGCUGCUGUUGACAAAAUGGACAAGGAUGACGGCGACGGCGGCGGCGGCGGCGAUGAGAACACGGCAACAACCGUCCCCGCUACUGCUGCGGAUGCGGCUGCGGCGCCGUCGGGGCCGUCCCCGCUGCCAGACGGGGACGGCCCCGACGAGGCAGCGUCGCACAGGAGAAAGAAGCGCAAGAAGAAGCACGGGAAAAAGAAAGGCGGCGCUGCUAUGGAGGCAGGCACGCAAGACAAGUAG